AUGUUGGCAAUGGCGUUCAAUUCCUACGGAGGCAACAACUGCGAGGAGAUGGCCGUCGCAGAUGCAACGAGUCUGAAACAAGACAGAGGCCUGGGCGAAUGUGGUCGACCCGGCGGAGCCUUCGCGCCUGUGCUGCGCUGGGAGAAGACGAAGGUCAAGGACGGCGUCACCGCAGAACAGGAGCAGGACAUGCGCGUGUUAGUCCCCACUCCGACUAUGGAGGCGCACGCGCUCCUCCAGAUCACGGCCCUCCAGCGAGGCUGUGCCAUGCAUACCUUCGAUAUCGUCGCGGCUUUCCUCGUUGGAAAGGACCCAGACCGAGAAGUGGGCGUGUAUGCGCCCACCUCCCGAAUGGAAGCCAAUCUUCGAGGGAUUUAUCUCUCAGCAGACCGCCGGGAUAUCGAGUAUGCGGUCAAAGAGCUGGCGCGGCACAUGGCAACGCCAAGGCGCUGCGACAUGAACCGAGCAAUUAUGCUGGGCGGCUACCUUCAGCAUAGCCCGUCGCUUGUCAGAGUGACAGCACUGGACGCAUGCGCCUACGAUGGCCCGCUCCAGCUGGACGUCUGA